UCUAAACAUGACUGACUUUUAUGCAGCACAAGGUCUUCGAUUUUUGGCUUUUAUUCGAGAUCAGCAUGUAUUCGAGGUUGGCUUUUAUGUGCGACAAUACAGUAAUUAUAUCAGAUAUCAGUAUCGGCUAUUGGUAUUGGCUUUUUUGCUUGGGUAUCGGUUGUCGGUUAUCGGCAUAUCGGCCAAAUAUCCUUAUUGGUGCAACUCUAUGUAAUGUUCAGUGGUUGGUAUUGUUGGGUUUCUGUAAUUUAUGCAUCUUACUGACAGGUGUGGCUUUAAUUUACUGAUAGUAUUUGUAUCAAUUUAAUUUUGCUUUAUAUGUAAGUUUUACUACCGGGGUGACCCAGCAUUGCUUAGGGAAUACUAGACAGGUGUGGUGCACCACACCUUGACACACGAAACUUGUUAGUCUGAUCUGUUUCACUCGAGAAGAAAGCAGAAUACGCUGCAACUUUACACACUUAGUGAUUCUCAGAUGUCACAAUGCAGAUAUGACGUCGCUCAAAACCAGACGAAUGUUGGCAGACGCUUCCACUAGAAUCAUAUGGCUUGUUGGAUGUCAGAUGUCAACUCACAGGUUUAUCAUGCUAAAUUUUAUGGUGCUAAUCUAGCAAUAAGAGCAUCCUCACUAUUAGGGUCAGUUCUUGUACCUUGAAAGGGGCCCCUUGAAAGCGUUUACUUGUAAAACCAAAAUACCCCCUUUUCAUUGGAGUGUGAAAUGCAGUCUUCUUUCUUGGUUUCAUGGUGAUUGACCGAACAGUCUUGGUGUGAUUGAUGUUACAAGCAGACAGGCAGACAGACAGACAGACAGACAAAUCUGGUAUGGCAAUUUUGUAGCUGUCAGUGAAGAUUUUAUGCAACCUAUUAGUAGAAUUGCAUGGUUAUAGACAAACUAUUAAAUUUUGGAGUGUUGCUGGUACACAUGCUUGCUAGAAUUAUUACAUGGGUUUCUUAUAUUUUAACGGAGAUUUCUUAAUUAUCCAUUUAACAUGAAUUUGACAGUGUUUGCUCGUUGUUUUGCUGUUAGGGAAGUCUUGCUAGAUGGUCACCAUUUCAGUGUCGGAGACUGUUCACUAGUUUCACCUCAGAGAGUUGGAGAUGAACCUUUUGUUUGUCAAAUUCUGGCUUUGUAUGAAGACAUGAAUCAAGAGCAGUUUGCUAAAAUUCAUUGGUUCUAUCGUCCUAAAGAAGUUCUUUAUACUUUACAGCAAUUCAAGAGGAAGUCAAGUGUUUCUUUAAGUAUAGAUGAGAAAGUCACGAGUGAGAGACAUAUAUAUGCCGGCCACGAAGACACAAUUAGACUUCAAACACUAAGAGGGACGUGUUGUGUGAAAGCUAGAGGUUCUUCUAUGCCUUCAAUAGAAGAAUAUGAUGAAGAUCACUGUCUUUUUGUGAGUCAAUUUUUUGAUGAUAGAACUGGCAAAUUUCUUCCUUUAUGUGUGAUGGUGUGUGACAAUGCUGGGUCUACUAGAGUGAGUGAGACUCAAGAAGUGGAGCUGACUGGACAUUUUCGUUUGUGUGAAGCAAGAAGUGAGGAGAAUAGUGUAACACCACUAGUUUCUAGUCGGUCUGUAGCCAAAUACAAAUUGAGACCGUCUAUUAAGAAAAGGCCAGCAAAAGGUAAUGUCAAUAACCACAUCAGGAAGGCAAAUCAUGUUAAAAGGAAGAGACACACUCAGAAGAGGUAUAGACCGGCGUUAGAUGCUGAAUCAGAAGGUAACAGUGAGGAUGAAGAAUAUGUUGUAUUAGACACUGGAUCAUCAGAAGAAAACAUUGAGGAUGAAGACUAUGUUGCAAAAGAAAGAAAAUACAGAUGUAUUUCUGGAAGGACAGUGCUGCGUGCUCAGAAAAGAAAUUUCUGCAAACUCGCAUCAUCUCACUGUAAGAGCAUUAAUGCAUCGUCAUCUAGUUUUCCACUUCGACCUCUUCCAUGUUCAAAGUUGAGCAAUGUCUUUCAAGAAGCCCGUUCUAAGCUGCAGUUGUCUGCUCUUCCUGAUCAUCUUCCUUGUCGAGAAGAUGAAUUUAUGGAUAUCUAUUUGUUUGUAAAAGGCAGAAUUGAGGAUGGCUGUGGCGGCUGCCUCUAUAUCUCUGGUGUGCCUGGAUCAGGAAAGACUGCCACUGUGCAUGAAGUGAUUACUGCUCUGCAGAGUGAUGUUGAUUGCAACAGGUUGAGACAAUUUCAGUAUGUGGAGGUGAAUGGCAUGAGGGUGACUGACGCGUCCCAAGUCUAUCCUGAUAUAUUGAAGCAAAUGACGGGUGAAAGAGCAGUUGUCCACCAUGCUCAAGAACUUCUUGCUAAGAUGUUCAAGCAGCCAUCACCACAACGACAUCCUCUGGUUCUAGUGGUUGAUGAGCUUGAUUUGUUGUGGACUAAGAAGCAAGAUGUGAUGUAUAACCUGUUUAACUGGCCAAAUCAAAGACACUCCUAUCUUGUUCUUUUGGCUAUUGCCAACACGAUGGACCUUCCUGAGAAAGUUAUGACAAAUCGAGUGCAGAGCAGAUUGGGAGUGACUCGUCUCACAUUUCAACCAUACACUUACAAACAACUUCAAGAUAUUAUUACUUAUCGACUGAAAGACAUUAGAGCGUUUGAUCCAGACGCAGUUCAGUUGGUUGCGAGGAAAGUUGCUGCUAUGUCUGGGGAUGCUCGGCGUGCUCUUGAUAUUUGUCGUAGAGCUGCUGAAAAUGCUCUUGCUCAUGAUUCAGAUUUUCAAAAGCUUAUUGGUAUGCGUGAAGUUGAUGACACAUUACAGCAAAUAUUUCUAUCUCCCAAAGUUGUAGCAAUACGUAAUGCAGUUCAGCAGGAGAAGCUCUUUCUUCAGUGUCUACUGUCAGUCUUCACCAAAUCAGGGUGUGAAGAAGCGACUCUAGUAAGCAUAUGGAGACAGCAUUCAACUCUGUGUCGGCUGAAAGGGAUUGCUGUUCCAACCAUCAGUCAAUUGUCUCAUGUUUGUGACAACUUGGGUAGCAGUCACCUCUUGCUCGUGGAACCAAGCAGACUGGGUGUGCAUCGUCGUAUUCAACUGAAUGUGAACCCUGAUGAUAUUAUAUUUGGUCUCCAAAGCAGUGCAGUGUACACACCAUGUGACCAUUCUUGUGUAUGA